AUGAUCUUCCCAUUCCCUAAAUGUCUUGCAACACAAACCAUCCUUGGCCUCAAUUAUUUAAACUCCAGCUAUCCCAUUUUCAUAUUUUCAAACAAACCUCAUACAAUCAAAAUGUUUGCUAAAACUCUUAUUUUCUUCUUUUGGCUCUUACUUUCUCUCCUCAUUCUUCACUCAACAUCAUCAUCCAUUUCUUCACAUGUGUAUAUAGUGUACUUAGGGCACAAUGCUUUGAGUGAUAAUGAUGCUACAUUGACCUCCAAAUACCAUCUUCAUCUACUCUCAAAAGUGUUUGCAAGUGAAGAAGAUAGUAAAAGAGCCAUGUUGUAUAGCUACAAGAAAGCUUUUUCGGGCUUCUCAGCUAAGCUUAAUGCAAGCCAGGCAAUAGCAUUAUCAAAGAUGGAAGGAGUGAUAUCCGUAUUCGAGAGUAAAACAAUGCAACUCCACACGACAAGAAGUUGGGAUUUCUUAGGACUUCCUAUUCCUUCCUUUACUAAUAAUAUGAGACCAUUAUUUCCACUUCCCAGCUAUGGUGAUCACGACAUAGUUGUUGGCAUCUUUGAUUCAGGUGUGUGGCCAGAAUCCGAAAGUUUCAAGGAGAGUGAAGGGAUAGGGAGAAUUCCAUGCAAUUGGAAAGGGAAAUGUGUGAAAGGAUACAGAUUCGAUCCAGCAUCAGCCUGCAACCGCAAGCUAAUCGGCGCUCGCUAUUACCUUAAAGGCUUCGAAGCCCAAUACGGAGCACUCAACACCACCGCCGGCGAGUUCCGCUCCCCUCGAGACUUCUUAGGCCAUGGAACUCACACUGCUUCCACGGCGGUGGGUGCGGUUGUGCACAAUGUGGCCUUCACAGCAUCUUCAUCAUUGGCGAAAGGAACUGCCCGUGGGGGCGCUCCCUGGGCCAGGCUGGCGGUGUAUAAAGUGUGUUGGGGAAAAGACUACGAAGGCAAGUGCACCGAUGCCGACGUCAUGGCUGCUUUCGACGACGCUUUACACGACGGAGUGGAUGUCAUAUCCGCCUCGUUCGGAGAGACGCCGCCGUUGGCUCCGUUGUUUGAGUCGGCUUCUGCUAUUGGCUCAUUCCAUGCGAUGCAGCGGGGAGUGAGUGUGGUGUUCUCUGCUGGAAAUGAUGGACCACACCCUUCGCUUGUUCAAAAUGUGUCUCCUUGGAGUAUUUGUGUUGCUGCUUCUACCAUGGAUCGAACUUUUCCCACUCCAAUACUUCUCCCCAACCACUUCUCUAUCAUGGGCGAGAGCUUGAUCACAAGGAGUAUAAUAAACGUAAAGCUGGCAGAUGCAAUCAACUAUUUCAGAGAUGGAAUUUGCGAGAUAGAAAAUAUAAGGAAAGGAGGGAAAUCAGGUUUAAGAAAAGUUGUACUGUGUUUCUCAACAAUUGGGCCAGUUUCCAUAGGAGCUGCACAAGAAGCAGUGAAAGCCAUCAAUGGCUCUGCUUUAAUAUUUGCUUCACCCCCCGCCGUUGAUCUCCCAGAUCUAGAUCUCAUCCCCACCGUUCGUAUUGACAUCGCUCAAGCUACUCAAAUUCGAAACUUUCUUGCUGAAUUACCCAGACUGCCAGCUGUCGAGAUCGGAGUUGCCAGAAGUGUUAUCGGAAAAUCUGUAGCUCCAACUGUGGCUUACUUUUCAUCUAGAGGACCAAGCUCUAUUUUAGAUGACAUCCUCAAGCCGGACAUAAGUGCCCCAGGAGUGAACAUAUUGGCGGCAUGGCCUCCGGAAACAGCUCCGACGGUGAGGCCAAGUGGAAGUGCCGUUGAAGAAGAAGGUUUAAAAUGGAAUUUUCAGUCAGGAACUUCAAUGUCAUGCCCUCACAUCUCCGGUGUAGUUGCCCUCAUCAAAUCUGUUCAUCCCAGUUGGUCACCUGCAGCCAUUAGAUCUGCCAUCAUCACUACAGCGACGAAGAGAGACUAUAGUGGGAAUAGCAUCCUAGCAGGCGGAUCCAUGAAAGCAUCAGACCCAUUGGACGUUGGUGCAGGUCAAGUCAAUCCCUUAAAGGCCAUAAAUCCAGGACUAAUCUACGACAUCACAACCAAUGAUUACAUUACUUUCCUUUGCAAUAUUGGCUACACUGAACAACAAAUCAACAUGCUAAUUCUCAACCCUACUCCUCACUUUUGUUGUCGUCAAUCCACUGCUACCACUGCAAAUCUUAAUUAUCCGUCGAUUACUCUUGCAAAUCUUCGCUCUACCCUCACACUCAAAAGAAUUGUUCGCAAUGUAUCGCACAACAAAAACGCCAUUUACUUUCUUAGGAUUCGUCCUCCUAAUGGAGUCCGAGUACAGGUCUGGCCAAGGAUCCUCUUUUUCUCUUGCUUUAGGCAACAAAUUUCAUACUAUAUUACUAUAACUCCGCUUAAGAAAUCUCGGGGAAGAUAUGAUUUUGGGGAGAUUCAAUGGUCCAAUCGCUUCCAUACUGUCACUAGUCCUCUUGUUGUACGUCUUGUCACUUCCACAUGACAAUCGACUUAAUCUUGUAAUGAUGUUUAUCAUCAUCUGUUAUCUUAAUAUUACUGUGUCAUAUAAUGAUAAUAAUACUAUUAUUCCUCGUUA